AUGUCUCUUGUGUCCGGCGAGAAGAGCAACUUCAACCACAUCUUGCGUCUGCUCAACACCAACGUUGACGGCAAGCAGAAGGUCGUUUACUCCUUGACCAAGAUCAAGGGUGUCGGUCGCCGCUACUCCAACCUUGUCUGCAAGAAGGCCGAUGUCGACCUGAGCAAGCGUGCCGGUGAGCUCACCUCUGAGGAGCUUGAGCGCAUCGUCACCAUCAUGCAGAACCCCACCGCCUACAAGAUCCCUGCCUGGUUCCUCAACAGGCAGCGCGAUAUCGUCGACGGCAAGGACUCUCAGAUCCUCGCCAACGGUGUCGACUCCAAGCUCCGUGACGAUCUUGAGCGCCUCAAGAAGAUCCGUGCCCACCGUGGUCUCCGUCACUACUGGGGCCUCCGUGUCCGCGGUCAGCACACCAAGACCACUGGCCGCCGCGGUCGCACCGUCGGUGUCUCCAAGAAGAAGGGCAACUAA